GUGUGUGUGUGUGUGUGUGUGUGUGUGUGUGUGAGUGUGUGUGUAUACAUUUGUGUAUCCAAUCGAACUCAAUUCAGUUUACCUCAAGUUUUUGACUUGAUGAAUUGAAAUUUAUCUCAACGAUUGUCAUGGUCUUUGAUUUGGUUUUGUGUCCAACAUUUUGACUAUUUCAUUCGUGUUUGUGUGAAUAAAUAAAUGUCUUCAUGAUCGUUGAUGAUCAUCGUCUUGUGGCCUACGCCCAAUAAUUUAAAAUUCUCAUCCUGUCAAAUUUGUGAUCAAUUUUCGAUUUUUUAUUUGUUUAAUUGUUCAUAAAAUUUCGUCUGCAAUAAAUUACGAUUUCUGAUUGUGAUCCAUCUUAUUAUUAAACUUACAUUUGACAAAAAUGUCUCACGAAAAAAAAUCAUCUCAUCAACAUCAUCAUCGUGAAUGCGAAUACAAAAUGGAUUCAGAUAUCGAUAUUGAUUCAAAAGAAAAAACAUUUGAAGGAUUAUUCGAUUCUGGUUAUAAUUCCAACAUACAAAGUAAAACAUUUUUAGAUUUGGAUAAUGAAGAAUUUGAUAAUUCAUCUUUAUCAAAUCAACAACAACAUUUGGAUCGUUCACAGCAAUCAAAUUCAAAUCGACGACUACCAUUAACACAGCAACAAACUAAUGAUGCCAAUGAUAAAAAUAAAUUUGAUACCGUACAACAAUGGAGUGAUUCAGGAGUAUGUAUAACCGAUUCUGGCCUCAGUAUACAAGAAGAUUUUGAAAAUUACGAUCCCAUUGAUUCAAAUGAAAAUGAUCAAGAAUCUAAACAGCAAAAAAUUGAUACACAACAAUCACAUUUAUUGGCAAAUGAUUCAAAUGAUAAUAAAAAUGCACUUGAAUUGUGGCUCAAACAUAAUAGUGAUGCUGAAACAUUACUUCAUCUAGCAAUUAUCGAAGGACUCGAAGAUAUUGCCUGUUCAAUCAUAAAAAAUCUUUCCACAUCAAAUGAGAUGCUCAAUUCUUUCAAUUAUCUUUAUCAGAAUCCAUUACAUUUGGCCAUUUUGAAACGACAAAUCAACGUCAUUCCUCUUUUGAUUAUAAAAGGUGUUUCGCUUACAUUUCAGGACAAUCUGGGCAAUACUCCAUUACAUAUUGCUUGUAAAUACUCAUUGGUAGAUAUUGUGGAAAUCAUACUUGCAACUGCCUCGAAUAAAAGUGUAUCUAAGUGUUUUGAAAUUCGUAACUAUGACGGUGACACUUGCCUACAUUUAGCUGCCUAUAAUAAUGAUUUGAAACUAUUAGAAUUAUUUAUUCGAUCCGGUGCACAUAUUGAUAUUCAGGAAGGAAAAAGUGGAAAAACCAUUUUACAUUGGGCUAUAGAAAAUUUACGUGUACAAUUGGUCGGUUUUCUUCUGAAGAACCAAGCAAACAUACAAGCUGAAACUUUUGCCGGGAAAACCCCAUUGCAUUUUCUUUUAAAAUCAUCGAUCAUCAAACAAAAUAAUCAACACGAUUUAACUUCAUCAACAUCAUUAACACAAUCAAACAAGUCCAAAAUUUAUAAAAUCAUUCGUAUGUCAAUUGAAUAUUGUAAUGAAAAAAAAUUAUCUUUAGAUGCGAUAAGCCAUGUGUCCGAUGAUACGGAUACAUCGGAAAAUGAAAGCUAAUCGGAUUGUAUUUUUAUAUUCGAUCAAGAUAAUAUGAUAAUAAUCAAUCGAUUGAUUAUUUUUUUUUAUAAUUUGUGGUUUGUACAUAAGACAAUCACUUGUUUUUUUCUUCCUUUCAAUAUUCAUCGUCGUUUGUAAAUAAAGAUUUAAAUAAAAAUUAUUUAUAUAUGCAUUA